AUCAUGGGAAUCGAAGGCGUUUGGUCGGCGUGCAUGGCGCGAUCUGAUCACGAAGGCAGUUGCCGAGGUGCAGGAGAAAAACCUCAUACAUGCAGAGAAGAAGCGGCAAGUGCAGAAGCGCCAAGCACCGAUGGGUUGUUCUCCAUGGACAUCAAGCGCAUGGUGCUGUAGCACAUGCGGUCGCGAGUGCCUGAGUCAGUCAGGCUUAGUGAGCCAUGAGCGAGGCCACUCGAGACUACUACCGAAUCGACGACGGUUCCUGCAGAGAACGUAGGCAGAACCAGCGCAGCGUUUGUAGGUACGUUGCAUUCGAUUUACUAACCGCGUGCUUGCAUGCUAAGUCUAUUUAUUUCAGGUGAUGGGUUUUCAGUUUUGUCCUAAUGCCUUUCUUUCUCAUAUAAUUAUCUGGUGAGCCAUGAGCGAGGCCACUCGGAACCACUACAGAAGCGACGACGGGUCCUACAGAGAAGUAUUCAGAACCGGCGCAGCGUUCGUAGGUCAUGCCGAGGCGGAUACCUUCUACUGUUUCAAUAACCUAAUGGCGGAAAUACAUCUGAACUUCAUACGGAAGCUCGAUAAUGGUCGCUUGCCGAGUAUUGGUGGACAGCUACGGCUAUUGAUGGACCUACUGGCACAGUUUGAUAUGCCGCUUUUUGAACACCUUAGGAAGAUUGGCCUGGAGACCGAACAUUAUGCAUUUCGAUGGUUCAGUCUGUUGCUGGCACGAGAAUUUAAUCUUCCAGAAGUGCUUCGUCUUUGGGAUACUCUGUUCUCAGAUGAGCAUCGGUUUUCCUUGCUGCCUUUCAUGUGCUGCUCCAUGCUGAUGUUGAUUCGCGAUCAACUUCUUUCAGCUGAUUUUCCUACCGCGGUGAAUCUAGUCCAGUUCUCAGCCCACAGAUGAAGUACUACAGACGUUUUGUUAUCAAUAUCCAUGUCGAUUUACUUAUCGGUGAAGACCGUUGAUCUGCUCAUACUGCGCUGUUUGCUCAACUGCGUUCAACCUGUGUGUCCUAACACAACUAGACCGGCAGAAUGCACUUGAACUCAGCAGGCGACUCCAGAAGUGAUCAUCCCCACGGAAG